CCUCCAGAGGACUGGUGUUUGCAAAAGGUUUGUGCUCAGAUUUUCUGUUUGAAAGAAACGUGAGAACCUUAACGUCGUCAACAUGGUCAAGUGGACAGAUGCAGAGCGUGCCGCCAUCACAAGCUGGUGGGAAAAGAUCGAUGUGAAUGAAAUUGGACCCCAGGCUUUGACCAGACUUCUGAUCGUGUAUCCGUGGACUCAGAGACACUUCGCAACAUUCGGCAACCUCUCCACCAAUGCCGCCAUCCUCGGAAACCCUUUGGUGGCCGAGCACGGUAAGACAGUGAUGGGUGGGCUGGACAGAGCUGUGAAGAACAUGGACGACAUCAAGAACGUCUAUACCAAGCUGAGCGUGAAGCACUCUGAGAAAAUCCAUGUGGAUCCUGAUAACUUCAGGAUCUUUGCUCAAAUCAUCAGCGUGUGUGUGGCUGCCAAGUUUGGACGUCAGUUCACCCCUGAUGUCCAAGAGGCCUGGCAGAAGUUCCUGGAUGUGGUCGUCUCUGCCCUGAGCAGACAGUACCACUGAGGAUCCGGAGUGAAAGUUCACAUUCAGAAAAUGUGCAGCAGUUCUACAGGCGUUUAAAAAUGUCUCAUGCACUGCGCUGAAGCUGUUGCCAAAAGCACCAAAUAAAAUUUAAAUCAAA